GGCUUAGUGGUCUAUGUAUGACACGUAACAAAACAUCACAAUUCAGCAGCUGCAUGCCAAAAGGAGGAGAAAGCGCACGUGUUAAUAGUUUUUUUUUUCUUAUAUUGUUCAUGUGUGAGUAAGGUACUUUUUCUGAAUCAUUAUCGCCUAGGCACACACAAGCCCACAAAGGACAAGGGGCAGCUCGGAGGGGGUUUUCUUGCAGAUACAGUACAGCAACAACAUCAGGUUGGAACAACAGUAAAAGUGCUGCCAGGCAUCAUGUCCUAGCAGUCUGUAAAUUUGAGACACAUACUGAGUCCAAGACACAAGGAAAUCCCUAUAUGCACCACAGAAGAUAAUUGUCAUUUUGUUACCAGUCAUCAGCUUGUGUGAUUUUUGUAACCCAAGAUGUUACGCUGUAGGUCUGUGCUGUCAUUUGCACAAUGUUUGUUUCGGAGGAAGGUUGUGGAAAUGGACAGUCUGGAGGAUUCCAAGCUGUGCCGCUGCCUGUCCACGGUCGACCUGAUCGCCCUGGGUGUGGGGAGCACCCUGGGGGCGGGGGUGUACGUGCUGGCUGGUGAAGUGGCCAAGGGGAACUCGGGGCCCAGCAUCAUCGUCUCCUUCCUGAUCGCUGCGCUGGCCUCAGUCAUGGCAGGACUCUGUUACGCAGAGUUUGGUGCCCGUGUGCCAAAAACAGGCUCUGCAUACCUCUACAGUUAUGUAACUGUUGGGGAGCUGUGGGCUUUCAUCACCGGGUGGAACUUAAUCCUGUCAUAUGUGAUAGGUACUUCAAGUGUAGCGAGAGCUUGGAGUGGAACUUUUGAUGAACUCCUGGGUAAACAAAUUGGUCGGUUCUUUAGCACCUACUUCCGAAUGAGCUCUCCUGGGCUAGCUGAAUAUCCAGAUUUCUUCGCAGUGUGUCUGAUACUGAUAAUAUCAGGUCUGCUGUCUUUUGGUGUGAAGGAGUCUGCUUGGGUCAACAAAGUAUUCACAGCUGUCAACGUGCUAGUUCUUAUGUUUGUCAUUAUCGCUGGCUUUGUGAAAGGAGAUACAGAGAACUGGAAAAUAACAGAAGAUGCUCUCAUCAAUUUUACUGCAGUGACAAGGAACCUGUCGUUGGCAGGUAAUGUCACCAGUGCAUAUGGUGUUGGUGGUUUCAUGCCCUUUGGUUUUGAAGGAACGCUGGCUGGAGCUGCUACCUGCUUCUAUGCGUUUGUUGGGUUUGACUGCAUCGCAACAACAGGUGAAGAGGUGAAGAACCCUCAAAAAGCGAUUCCUAUUGGGAUUGUCACCUCCCUACUAGUCUGCUUUCUGGCCUACUUUGGGGUUUCUGCAGCACUGACCCUUAUGAUGCCAUACUACCUCCUGGAUGAGAAGAGCCCUCUCCCUGUUGCUUUCGAGUAUGUUGGCUGGGGUCCUGCAAAGUUUGUGGUGGCAGUGGGAUCCCUCUGUGCUUUAUCAACCAGUCUGCUCGGUUCCAUUUUCCCAAUGCCUCGUGUUAUCUAUGCUAUGGCAGAGGAUGGGGUGCUUUUCAAAGUGUUAGCCCGAAUCAAUCCUAAGACGAAGACCCCAGUAAUUGCAACAAUGGCCUCCGGUGUCGUCGCAGCGGUGAUGGCAUUCCUGUUUGACCUCAAAGCCCUUGUUGACAUGAUGUCUAUUGGAACCCUUUUGGCAUAUUCCCUGGUAGCAGCCUGUGUGCUCAUCCUCAGAUAUCAGCCUGAUGGAUCUUAUGCAAAGCCUAGUUGCAAUCCAGAGAAAGAGAAUCUCACUUCAGAAGAUGGCGAAAUGGAAUUGAUGGAGUCAGAAUCCCAACUGGCUAUGCUUAAAGAAGGAGGAUUUACUCUGCAGACUGUGCUCAACCCCUCCAUGCUGCCAACAGAGCAGUCCUCAACUGUGGUGAACAUUGCUGUCAGCGUCAUAACUUUCGUAGUAUGCAUUGUGAGCACACUCACCACGUAUAAGGGGGAAGCUGUGCUUGCUAUGGAGUCUUGGAUCCUUGGCCUGCUUGCUGUGUGCCUGGUGGUGUUUAUUGUGUGUCUCCUCGUUGUCUGGAGGCAACCUCAGACUAGCAAAAAAGUGUCUUUCAUGGUUCCCAUGUUGCCAUUUUUACCAGUUCUGAGUGUCUUUGUCAAUGUUUACCUGAUGGUUCAACUAAGUGGGGACACCUGGAUCCGCUUUGCAGUUUGGAUGGCUGUUGGCUUCCUGAUUUACUUUGGCUAUGGUAUCAGGCACAGCUUGGAAGGCCAACAGGACGAAGACGAUGAUUCAGCGCACAGCGACCUGGAAAAUAAGAACUCGGCUGAGGGAGUAGAGGACGAUGACAAUGCAGAUGAGAACAACCAGUUCAUUAUCCUUGAAAAAACAAGUGAAUGUUAAGCCUGAGCAGCCAGCUGCAGACCGAGUCACAGCCCUGAGAAUGUAUCUUCUGUUAUUAGCAGUACACCUGGGCAUAACAUGGCCUGUCAGUGUUCAUCUGCUUUUAGCAGACAUUUUUUAACCUAUAUUUACAUAAGUUUAGUAUAUGUUUAUAGUUUGUCCAUGUGUGCCUGAAUCGGGCAGCAACGUUUCAUGCGAGAGUACUGAAAUUCAGUGUAUCAGGGUAGACACCAGGACAAUACGAAGCAACCAAGAAUAAACUGAGCACAUUACAGUAGAAAAAGCAGGUCAUCCCCGAUCGAUUUCUACUGUAGAAAUGCAUACGAAAGACUAAAGCAAGAAAUUAUGGUUAAUAAAAACUGCACAAGAAGAUGUAUUGGAGCUUUACCAAUGGUGUUGGCAGUGGGAUGGGUCUCUGUUUUGUGGAAAGGUAAAUUAAAGUUGGAAUAAUUGGAAAACUGAGCUUUUAUAUUAAUGGUUGUUAACAAAUGUUAAUAUUUUUGCUCAUUUAAAAACAGAAGAAAUAGUUGUUUUUUGUGAUAAAAAUACAGUAGCAUUAACAGAAAACAUACAUCUUCUGUUUGUAAUGUCUAACAAGUAAAACCAAAAACCAAGUGGCUGUAACUGAAAGUCUUGCAUACAUUCACAAGUGUGUACAUAUAGUACUGCAUGCAUACUGAAACUUUUUUUUUCUGGAAAUGUAUUUAUGAUAACAAAUCAUGAAAAGAAAAACAUUAUCUAUAAUGAAUUUGGUUUAUUUAUAAUAAUAUAUUUAAAUGGUCAUGUUAUUCAUUUGAGAUGAUGUACAAAAACACACAAAUAAAAUGAUUUGUGCCACAAAGGUAAUUCAUCAAACAAAACAGCAAUACAUUACAUUGGAACUGAAAAUUAUUGGUCACAGCAGUGUUUAAUUUUUACUUAAUUUCAAUGUGCCUUAACUGCAGUGUAACAUUUGUAUUAUUAUCUGUGUUUCUAAGACCACUGUAUUUAGAUAUCGGUGAAGCUGCAAUAUAACGGAUCAUGACAUUUAAAUACUACAUGUCAAUACUAUUUUAAAACUUCCAGUUCAGUAUUUCUUUUUUUUUUUAUCCAAUUGGUUUUUAUGCAACCUGGUUAUGUCAGGCAGGUAGAUAUUAUAUUAAAGCUUCAAAAAUAACCAAAUAAGUGACUGUGACCAAAUCAUAAGUGUCACCCAUACUGGUGCAGAUAACCAGAAUAAUUUAGCUCUCUUUAAUAUGUACCUUUAUCAAAUUAUUAGAUUUUUUUUUUUUUAAUCUGUAUUGUACAUUCUUAAUGUAUAAUUAUAAUUAUUGUGAGUUUUCACCCUAGAUCUACCAUAAGUUGUCUUAAGAGCAUACACAUAUUUGUUGGUAUAAUGGAAAAGUUUCCUGUUUUUUUUUUUUAAUGACUGAUAUCAUUUUAACCUUUUAAUGUUUUUUUAUUAUAUUAUGGUAUAUCUUUUUCAUGUUGAUGUACAGUAUAAUGGGAGCAUCUGAGCCAUUUUGUGAAUUGUACUAAUCAUUAACAUUUCACAAUGCUGAUUUUAUAAUAUAAUCAAAAGAAAGGAUGAUAAUAUUCUUGUCCCGAUAUGUGUUGUCAAAUAUUAAAUGGCAUUCUUCUAAUUUCAAUAUCAGAUAUCAUUUUGGGGCUUUCAUCCUCUACAGAAAAAACAGAAAGACAUAAUAUUUUGGUGUUAAAGUACUUAUGGAAUUGUAUUUAUAACCAUGUUGUUUUUAAUCUGCUAUGCUGCUGUAUAACUGUAAAUAUUGGGCACUAUUCAUAGGACUGUUUUUAAGGACUUUUUUUUAACAGUGUUUAUAACUAUUCAGUUAUGUUACAGUGCUUUGAAAAUGUAGAAUACAAUGAUAAAAUCCUCAAUUAGGUUUCUGCAUGAACUGCAAACUUGAAUUAACAAAAAUGUGUUUUUAUAAAGCUGUUUGUAACAACACAUUCAUUAAACAGUCCUUAAAGUUCUGUAAAUAGGAUCCAUUGUCUUUAAACUAAUGUAUUGUAGUAGGUGAAUAUUUUUUUCACUGGGUUUUUACUAACAUUACUGUCAAAUAUAUACCAUUCAUUGUUCAAAUGUGUAAAAUCUAGUAACCUGUUACAAACUGAAGCUGAUCUAAUUAAAAUACUACUGUAUGUGG